UGCGAUUAUUCGUUUAACAAUCGAUAAAUAGAGUAAAGUAAUAUCAGUCAAGCCGACGACAGUGUUGUAUUCUUUCACAUUUUUCUCUCCGAAUAAAACAAGAAAAUGGGUUACGAAAUCGAUCGAUCACUUUGGUGGAACCGACCAAUAUGGGACUUGACAAACAGCACCGAAAGUCGAAUUCGUGCUGCUAUAGCUCGUGAUAGUGCUUAUCCUGGCAAUCGAUCAGUUUCAGUGACUCAUCGAUCUGAUGGGUGCGACUACUACUACAAUCGAGCUGAAAAUGCUGGUCCACUCCGAAACGAGACCGUCACGGAAGAACAUUGGCGCGUUACAGACGAUUCAAAAGUUCCGUACUGGCUACGCAACAAACUCUCUGAUAGCUACUGGUGGUCUUUACGAACCCCGUCACUCGUUCGGGCUCAACAACUUGCUAUCAAACCAUGGUGAGGACAGUUCCAAUUUUUCAUCCAAAGGAAAGUGGUGUAUUCCAACAAAUUUUGACUUAUUGCUUGAUUGAUUUAUCGAUUUUAUUGUUACAAAUAUUGAAUUUCGAAUUAUUCCAAAUUGAAAUAAAAUAAUUUUGU